AGCGGGCCUCAGUAAUGUUUUGAUAGAGGGGGGCUCUGACUGUUUCAUAGCAACGCGGGUAACAACAGUGAAUUCAGCCCAACUCUGUGAAACUCACCUGUCCUCUCCCUCAUUUCCUCUUUUCUUCUGCUCCGCUGAGUUACAGGGGAGAUGUCACGGGCGGGCCCGGGCGAGCUGAGCCCCGCUGUGGAGUCCGACAGUCCGGAGGAGCGGAUAGCGGCGCGCCGCCUCCGGAUAGCCGCGCGGACCGAGGCCAGGACCCGACUGGAGCUCGGGGAAGAGGCUCAGGAGCAGGAGGAGAACACAGAGGAGCCCCGGACCAGCCAGAAACAAGUGGAUCAGAGUGAGAAGCGUAUGCUUAAACUGCAAACUGAUGGCACAGAGUUAGUGACCAACAUCUUGGUGGCAGCAGAUGCCAGAGAGACAAAGAGGAGAGCACAGCUAGCGGAAGCACGUAGAUUAAGAAAUGAAAAGUUGGAGAACGAGGCAAAAUCCAGCCUUGAGAAGUUCGAGGAGGUCACUCAAAAUUGGCCUGUGGCCAAAGCAAAGGAAAUUCCUCAGGAUCUGAGAGAUGCUCUGAAAAGCCAGCAGCAGCUCUGCAUGCUGAUCACUGAAGACAAGAAUAAACUCAUCAAUGAACUGCAGCACGAACUAAAAUCAAGUGAUGACCGUUAUGUGAAAGAGCUGAAAAAGCAGGCAGAAGACGUGGAUCUCAUGAGAGAGAAAAUGCAAGAGCAGAUGACGUCUCUGAUGAAGUUGUAUAGACAAGAGCUGGAUCUGAUCGAGAAUUCAUUUGAUGAUGAACGAAAGACUCUGCUCACAAGCAACUUGAAAAAGUGGGAGCAGCAGAGGAAAGAGCGGAGCGACAGAGAGCUGGAGCACCUACUGCAGAGGAUUAAACAGAAGGAGGAGAAUGAGGUUCUGCUGCAUCGACUAAGAGUUGCAAAUAUAAAGGAGUACAACAUGAUGAAACUCAAUCUAGAGACUCAAAGCGAGAUUUUACAGCAGAACAUUCAAAAGACAAAGGCUACCAACCAGCUCAAUCAAGAGAAAUUAGAAUACAGUCGCCAUGUGAUUACACAUCGCAAGAUGGAGACCAUCCACAUCGAGUCCCUGCAGAGAAAAAGGAUCCUAAGAUUACAGGAUAGUCUCAAAAACCUGAAGGUAAAGUGUGCCAGUCAGGAGAAGCAGGCUCAGGAAGAAAACCAGUCGCUGACUGAUGGCUACAAGCGCUCCAUGCUGGAGUACAAAGACAUGCAGAAGCACUUAAGACACUUUGCAGCAGUUGAUGCCGAGCGUUUCGAGGAGAUCUGGCUGAUGAAUGAAAAUGAGGCCAAAGCUCUGGUGCACAAAGUUUUAGAGACAGACCGGGUGAUCUAUGAACAGUUUUUGGGUCUGGCAUGGGCUCCCCCUCACAUGCCGUUUAUGGAGAACUCAGGCCCCAUCCAGCCCCAGCAUCAGGCCCAGAGGACAGCACAGCAGUUUGCUAUGCAAGCCCUUGGAGAAGUGGAGGAAAAAAGAGAGAUGGAAGGAGAAAGCAGCACCGCAGAGGUCGCAGGACUGGACCGAAGGACAGUAAAGAAACUGCUGGAGCUGCUGUGUGAUGAGACGGGCUUUUUGAUAGAGAGCAAGCUUCUGAAGCUGCUCUCACCUCUGGAGAAAGAUCCGCAGUCUUUUAUAAAGCUACACUUAAUCUUUUCUGCAUUGGGGAUUGAGAAUGAAGAGGAUGUUUAUAAAAUGGCAGAGUUCUUUGAGAAAUAUAAGCAGCAGCAGAAGGAUCAGCCAGAGGAGGGUAUUUCUGUCAGUAAUGAGAAUGAGCUGGUGCGAGAGAUGGACUCUGAACUCGUCCAUCCUAAUCAUGUAGUAAAGGCUCUCCAUGCCUUCACAGCUCAAUACUGCAGGCCCAGAGAUCUCCAGUCCCAGAAGCAGAGCAGUGUGCUCUCACUGGAGGAGCGAGAUGACUCUGAGGACGCUGCGUACUGGGAGAGCAUGGCCAACGUCAUCCCUGAGUCCAAACUCAAAGUAUGGAAUGCUCUGGAGGAUGCUCUCAGUAAAUAUCACACUGUGCUGACUGAGAGAUCCAAGAUUCUGACUGAUACCCACCAUCUUAAACAGCAGAAUGCAGAGCUCACGGCACUUCUGCACCAAUACUUAAGCCAAAAGGGCAACACUGAACUGAAGAUUCCACCCACACUGGUGAUGCAGCUGACCUCAGAGUGAUGCAGCCUGUCCUUCCUCAGAUCACAAAAAAAUAUUAAACUCCAGUAUUUGUGCAUAAAUUAAUUAUCACUUUAACUAUCAAGUUCUCUGUAUAUGUUUGAAAACAGCAAUAAAUAAAUGUGAGCUUGAAUUUCA